AUGGCGGACCUCGUCGACCACUCCCCCCACCAUCCCACCAGAGCUGCCAAGCUGGACAGCGCCUCCAAUGUCAUUUUGGUCGACAAUUACGACUCUUUCACCUGGAAUGUCUAUCAAUACCUUGUGCUUGAGGGUGCAACGGUCACUGUGGUACGAAAUGACGAAGUUACUGUCGAGGACCUGAUUGCGAAGAACCCGACUCAGCUGGUUAUCAGUCCCGGACCCGGCCAUCCGGAAACCGAUGCAGGAAUCAGCAAUGCUGCCAUCAAGCACUUCAGCGGAAAGAUUCCAAUCUUUGGUGUGUGUAUGGGCCAACAGUGCAUGAUCACAUCUUUUGGUGGCAAGGUGGAUGUGACGGGCGAGAUUCUUCAUGGCAAGACCUCCGUCCUGAAGCAUGACUCCAAGGGUGUCUAUGAGGGGCUACCCGCCGUUCUCUCCGUAACUCGGUACCAUUCCCUUGCCGGAACCCACUCGACGGUGCCCGAGUGCAUGGAAGUCACUUCAUGGGCAGACCUCGAGAACGGCAGCGGCAACAGCGUCAUCAUGGGUGUGAGGCACAAGGAGCUUGCGGUGGAAGGUGUGCAGUUCCACCCCGAGAGUAUCCUGACCGAGUACGGGCGUACCAUGUUCAGGAACUUCCUGAAGCUUACUGCAGGCACUUGGGCUGGAAACAAGAGCAGCUCCGUCCCCAAGGCUGCUCCUGUAGACAAGAAGGUGUCUAUCCUAGAGAAGAUCUAUGCCCACCGGAGAAACGCUGUCGCCGAGCAGAAGAAGAUCCCUGCGCUGCGGCCGGAGGCUCUCCAGGCUGCUUAUGAUCUCAACAUUGCGCCACCUCAAAUCUCGUUCCCUGCCCGGUUGAGACAAUCGGAUUAUCCCCUAUCCCUGAUGGCGGAGAUCAAGCGUGCAUCUCCUUCUAAGGGCGUCAUCUCAGCCGACGUGUGUGCACCCGCUCAAGCGCGCGAGUACGCCAAAGCUGGUGCUAGCGUCAUCUCUGUCCUUACCGAGCCUGAGUGGUUCAAAGGUACUCUUGACGACCUCCGAGCAGUCCGCCAGAGCUUGGAAGGGCUCACCAACCGACCCGCCCUCUUACGGAAGGAGUUCGUUUUUGACGAGUACCAGAUCUUAGAGGCGCGCCUUGCCGGUGCUGAUACCGUGCUGCUGAUUGUGAAGAUGCUCAGUAUUGAGCUUCUCACAAGGUUGUACCACUACUCUCGCAGCCUAGGUAUGGAGCCACUUGUGGAAGUCAACACCCCCGAGGAGAUGAAGAUUGCCGUUGAUUUAGGAUCUGAGGUGAUUGGUGUCAACAACCGCGACCUGACCAGCUUCGAGGUCGAUCUUGGUACUACCAGUCGCUUGAUGGACCAAGUGCCCGAGACCACAAUUGUCUGUGCCCUGAGUGGUAUCACGGGCCCCAAGGAUGUGGAGGCUUACAAGAAGGAAGGCGUGAAGGCCAUUCUCGUGGGAGAGGCCCUGAUGCGGGCACCCGACACUUCUGCCUUUGUGGCACAGCUUUUGGGCGGAUCUGCUGAACAGGUUUCUUCUACAUCACCAAGGUCGCCCUUGGUAAAGAUCUGUGGUACCCGAUCUGAGGAAGCGGCCAAGGCUGCUAUCGAGGCUGGUGCGGAUCUGAUUGGCAUCAUUAUGGUUCAGGGCCGGUCAAGGCUAGUUCCGGAUGAUGUAGCCCUGCGCAUCUCACAAACGGUCAAGUCAACACCACGGCCGGGUAUCCAAUCUAGUAGCCUGGUCGAUCAAAUAUCGAAAACCACUUCUUCAGAGUGGUUUGAUCAUUCGAGUAAGGUUCUGCGUCAUCCUACUCGCGCAUUGCUUGUUGGUGUUUUCAUGAAUCAGCCUUUGUCAUACGUCCUUGCCCAGCAAAACAAACUGGGGCUCGAUGUGGUGCAGCUCCAUGGCUCCGAACCCUUGGAAUGGGCCAGCUUGAUUCCUGUACCGGUGAUCCGGAAGUUUGCUCCUGGAGAUAUUGGAAUUGCCCGCAGGGCCUAUCACACGCUUCCCCUGCUGGACUCCGGCGCGGGUGGAUCCGGGCAGCUACUUGAAGGCGCAGGUGUUCAAAAGGUCCUUGACAGCGACGAGGGAUUGCGGGUGAUUUUGGCAGGUGGUUUGAACCCUGACAACGUUGUCGAUAUCGUUAACAAGCUGGGCCACUCGGGAUCCAAGGUAGUAGGACUGGAUGUAAGCUCCGGGGUGGAAACCAAUGGCGCUCAAGACCUGGACAAGAUCCGUGCUUUUGUGAAGGCAGCCAAAAGUGUUCGUGCAUGA